AAAAUUGCAGUUAAGAUGAAAAAUUUACAAUUCGUGAUUUUUGUGCUUUUUGCUCUCUGCGGUGGAAGUUUAGCUAGAAUUAUUGCGGUGCUUACAAUGCCACAAGCACCUCCAUUUCUUUCUGAAGAUAAAACUAGUGAAAACCAUGGAUUAGUUCGAGCAAAACGACAAUAUGGAUUUGGGCCAUUUGGACAGAGUUCUGCUUUUGCAAAUGCGAAUGCAUUUAAUCAACAGUUUGGACCACAAGGUUUUGGAAGCAGUGCAUCUAUAGCUGGUGCUCAAAGUUUCAAUAAUCAAGGUCCAUUUGGUGGAUUCGGUGCAUCCGCUGCUAAUUCACAGUCUCAAGGAUUCAAUUGUGGCUAUUCUGGAUGUUCAGGUUCUCUUGGAUUCAGUGGUAGUCAAACAUAUAACCUUCCCGGUGGAAAGAGUGUUGCAUUCUCUCUUGGACGUGGCGUUAGUUUUGCACCUGGACAAGCACCUUCCGUUUCAAACAGCAAUAGCUUAACGUAUACUCGAUAAAUUUUGAAAAUUGAACUUAGAAAAUAUUAAAUUAAUUUAUUGUUGUGAUUUGAGUAUUUGAAAAUAUACUUUAUAGUUUUUGAGACAAUUUUUAAAGAUUU